AUGGCGUCCGACUCCGAGUCGCCGCCGGCGCCACUCCUGGCCACGCCGCUGGCGGGGUUUGUGUCGCUCCUGUCCGCGCGCCGCUUCGCGGCUGCCAAGUCGCUGCUCGCCUCCCUUAUCACGCCUCGCCUGCUCGCCGUCCCGUUCGCUGACCUGGCCGCCUCCUCCCUCCCCCGAGCAGCGCCGCGGCACGCCGUCACCGCCUUCUACGACAUGCUCUUCCGCGCCUACGCAGACUCCGGCGCCUCCACUCGCGCGGCCGAGGCGUUCGGGCUCACCGUAUCCCGCCUCGGCGGCCUGGACCCUCGCUCUCUCACCUCCUCCCUCCUCUCCCUCCGACGAGCAGGCCACCUGGAAACCGCCGCCGACCUCCUCAAACAGGCCAUCACUUCUUGUCCUGACUCCGUCACUCCUCUCUCUGCGUCUAUCAUCGUCGACGGGUUCUGCAAGUCUGGCCGCGUCAUCCACGCCCGCCAGCUGCUCGACGAAAUGCCUCGACACGGCGUGAAGGUUAACGCGUUGUGCUAUAACUCGCUGCUGGACACAUACACGCGCGGAAAAGAUGAUGAUCGGGUAGCGGAGGUGUUAAAGGUAAUGGAAACUGAAGGCAUUGAGCCAACUGUUGGGACAUAUACGAUCCUCGUCGAUGGUUUGUCAGGGUCCAGAGAUAUCAGUAAGGUUGAGGCCGUGUUUGAUGAGAUGAAGAGGAAAAAUAUUGCAGGGGAUGUGUACUUUUAUAGUGCAGUCAUUAAUGCUUAUUGCCGUGCAGGGAAUGUGCGGAGGGCAUCGGAGGUGUUUGAUGAAUGUGUUGUGAAUGGCAUUGAGCCAAAUGAGCGCACAUAUGGAGCAUUGAUCAAUGGGUUCUGCAAGAUUGGGCAGAUGGAUGCUGCAAAGAUGUUACUGGAAGAUAUGCAAGCUCAAGGGGUGGGAAUUAACCAAAUUGUUUUUAAUACAAUGAUUGAUGGUUACUGUCGUAAAAAUAUGGUGGACAAGGCUCUUGAAGUAAAGAUGAUCGUGGAGAAGAUGGGCAUUGAGCUGGAUGUAUAUACAUACAACACAUUAGCAUGUGGACUUCGCAGGGCUAAUAGAAUGGAUGAGGCCAAGAAUCUAUUGCAUAUCAUGAUUGAGAAGGGUGUUAGACCAAACCAUGUCAGCUACACUACGUUGAUCAGCAUCCAUUGCAAUGAAGGUGACAUGGUUGAGGCGAGAAGGCUGUUUCGAAAUAUGGAAGGGAAUGGGGCAAAACCAAGUCUGGUAACCUACAAUGUUAUGAUGGAUGGGUACAUCAAGAAUGGGAGCAUACGUGAGGCUGAGAGGUUCAAAAAGGAGAUGGAGAAGAAAGGACUUGUUCCAGACGUAUACUCUUAUGCAGCGCUAAUCCACGGGCACUGUGUCAAUGGGAAAGUGGAUGUGGCACUGAGGUUUUUUGAAGAGAUGAAGCAGACAGGUUCCAAACCUAACAUUGUGGCAUAUACAGCUUUGAUAUCUGGCCUGGCAAAGGAAGGGAGAUCAGAGGAGGCAUUCCAGUUGUACGACAAUAUGCUGGGAGAUGGAUUGAUCCCGGAUGACACUCUGUAUUCUGCGCUUGUAGGGAGCCUUCACUCAGAUAAAAGGAAAAAUGUUUUGCCACAAACAAAGUAAGUUUUGUGGGUGCAGCAGUGUAAGCUGUCCUGGCCAGACUGAAAUUACUAGCAUGAAGUACAUAAUGUUACUCAGCUUGUAAUAUAUGAUGAAAUAGUGGAUCAGAUAAGUUGUCCAUCAGACAGCUGGAGGAGCUGGGCAUAAGACAAUAAUAGGAAUGCGGAGU